CCCUUGCAUUUUCAUUCGCCUCCAUCUCUGCUCCCCCGGGCGACGCGCAAUCUCUUCCCUUCUCCUCCAUGCGAGCGCGCGCGCUACCUCUCGCGUAACGACCUCCGCGAUUGCCGGAGAUUCUGUGGGCUGCCGGUAAGCCUAGGGUUCCGGCGAUUCGUCUCUCUGCCUCCCUCUCUCCGUCCCUCCCUCUCGCUCUCGCGCGCGCCGGGUCGGUUUAUGGCGUCGGAGGACGUGGUCAGCGAGAGGAGCGAGUCCGCCGUAUCGACGAUCGUCAACCUGGCGGAGGAGGCGAGCGAAGGCGUGAAGGCGCCCAGCCACGCUCUUCUCAGCAUCUGCAAGUCGCUCGUCGCGGGCGGAGUCGCCGGUGGAGUGUCACGUACUGCUGUUGCUCCAUUGGAGAGAUUAAAGAUAUUGCUGCAGGUUCAGAAUCCUCAUAGCAUAAAAUACAAUGGAACGAUGCAAGGCCUAAAAUAUAUAUGGAGAACUGAGGGUUUCAGGGGAUUGUUCAAAGGCAAUGGCACUAAUUGUGCUCGUAUUGUUCCCAAUUCAGCCGUCAAGUUCUUCAGCUAUGAGCAGGCAUCUCACGGCAUUUUAUGGCUUUAUCGGCAGCAACCUGGGAAAGAAGAUGCGCAGCUAACUCCUAUUUUACGCCUUGGAGCUGGUGCAUGUGCUGGAAUUAUUGCCAUGUCUGCGACAUAUCCAAUGGACAUGGUACGAGGUCGGCUGACUGUCCAGACAGAGAAGUCUCCUCGACAGUAUAGGGGAAUUUUUCAUGCCCUUUCAACUGUCUUCAAGGAAGAAGGCCCUAGGGCAUUGUACAGAGGCUGGCUUCCUUCUGUAAUAGGAGUUGUUCCUUAUGUAGGUCUGAACUUUGCUGUGUAUGAAUCCUUGAAAGACUGGUUACUUAAAACCAACGCAUUUGGACUGGUUGAGAACAAUGAGCUGAGUGUGACGACGAGGCUUGCAUGUGGUGCUGCCGCAGGGACUGUUGGUCAGACAGUGGCUUACCCUCUUGAUGUCAUCAGGCGAAGAAUGCAAAUGGUUGGCUGGAAAGAUGCUUCUUCAGUUGUAAUUGGUGAAGGGAGGAGUAAGGCGCCACUUGAAUACACUGGCAUGGUCGAUGCAUUCAGGAAGACUGUUCGUCAUGAGGGAUUUGGAGCAUUAUACAAGGGUUUGGUCCCCAAUUCAGUAAAGGUCGUUCCAUCGAUAGCCAUUGCCUUUGUCACAUAUGAAGUGGUUAAGGACAUUCUUGGAGUGGAGAUGAGGAUAUCCGAUUGAAGG